AUGUCGAGAACCCUUAUAGGACUAGCAAGCAAGUCAAAUGCUGCUAAAAUUUUCCAUCAGAUGUCAGUCAAUCUGACAAAACCAUAUUUGGCAAAAACAAAUGCAUUGGCCUCAUCAAAAUUACCUCCAAAACCAUCCAAUUGGGAAUUCAAAUCAGGUUGGUAUAGAUAUGAAGAAGGCAAGAACCCUGAAAAAGUGUCGCAUCCAUUAGAAGACUCUAUAAGUUUUGAUAUUGAGCUUUUAUACAAGAUUUCUUCAUUCCCAACGUUAGCUACUUGUUCUUCUACAAAGGCAUGGUAUGGUUGGGUAUCACCUUACUUAACUGGUGAAACUUCAACUCCAAGUGAUUUAAUCCCAUUGAAUCCUGAAAAUGAAGAUAAGAUCAUCAUUGGUCAUAAUGUGAAUUUUGAUAGAUCAAAAGUAUUGGAUGAUUACAUCUCGUAUAAAAAUUCAAAUAGUUUUUAUAUUGAUACAAUCUCUUUAUUCCAUUCAAGAUAUGGCACUCCAACUAUUCGGAAACCCUCGGUGUUUGUUAAAGCUGCUGAAUCAUUAUUCAAAGGAAAUGAAGCUCCAAAAUUACUAGAUAUUUAUACACCUGCUGAUUAUCAAUUACACACUUUAUAUCAGAAACAAUUUGGUGAAGUUAUGAAUAAAGAUGUUCGGUCAUUUUUCGAUUCAACUUCAAAAGAUCUUAUCGUAAAUGAAUUUCAAAAUUGUAUGAAUUAUUGUGCUGAUGAUGUUAUUAAAACUCAUAGGUUAUUUGCUGAAUUUUGGAAGACAUUUUAUGCUGACUUAAAUCACACAAUGGAGUUUUUCGCACUAAAAGAAAUGGGGAAUAAUAAAGUCACACUGAAUAAAUCAAACUGGGAUGAAUUUGAUGAAAGUUGUAAUGGGGAAAUUGAACAGGCUACUAAAAGAUAUAAAGAUGAAUUGAAAAAACUGGUUUACAAACAUACAGGUAAAACAACAUAUGCAAACCAAUUUGGAACGGAAUUGAUGGGGACAAAAUGGCAAAAUGAUCUCCAUUUAUUUUAUGAUAAGGAUAGAAAAGAUAGAUAA